CAUUCCUCCACCACCUUUGGCCUCUCCACGAUUCCUCAUCUUUACUCUCUGCACACUUACCCUCAGUCUUAUCAUCUUGUCUUGCUUCGUGUGAUCCUCUUUGCGAUAUGCUACAGCCGUAAAAGACGCAGCCAGUGCAGUUUCUGUGGCUUGUUGACGACGCCUCGCCGAGGGACCAAAGCUCCCAAUACACACACAAACGCCCUCCCUCCCUUCGUCGACAAUCCGUUGCGCCGUGCUGAGACCUGGUCUUGCAUCCCAAGCUUGCUUCCACAGCUUCAUCGUGUAUUUGAACAACAGCGAUGGCGCCCACAAUGGCCCAUCCGGUCAGCUAUGGGCAGGUUAUUGAAUACAUCCAAGAUCGCCUCUACCUAGCAUCCUACACACAAGCUCCCAACGAGAACACUCCUUUCCCAUAUCCUGCUCAAGCCAAGCGAUCUCCCCACAAGAAGUCGUCGUCCAGGUCGCAAGCAGGUCCAACCAGCGCCACUCUGCGACCUCCACCAGUCUACUUCACGAUUGAUGAUACCCUUCUCUACAAUGCUUUUCACGCCGACUUUGGUCCGCUGCACAUCGGACACUUGUACAGAUUCGCCGUUCAAUUCCACGAGAUCUUAGGAGAUCCGGCAAACAAUGACAAGGCCGUGGUGUUUUGGAGUCGAGCAGACGCACGGAGUCGGGCCAACGCUGCAUGUCUGGUCGCGUGCUACAUGGUCCUCAUACAAGCAUGGCCUCCUCAUCUUGCUCUUGCACCUAUUGCACAGGCGGACCCUCCCUACAUGCCCUUCCGAGACGCAGGCUACAGCCAAGCCGAUUUUAUCCUCAACAUUCAGGACGUUGUUUACGGUGUGUGGAAAGCAAAAGAAGAAAAUCUGUGCCAACUUAAGGAGUUCAAUCUAGAAGAAUACGAACGAUAUGAAAGAGUAGAUAUGGGAGACUUCAACUGGAUCUCACCGCAAUUCGUUGCCUUUGCAUCACCUCAGUCUGAGCCUACCGCCCCAAUACCAACGUCAUCCCCAGCCUACGCAACGCUGCCAAGUUGCGUACCAGAAAUUCCAGACGCCAGAAUAUCACAACCUUUCAAGAACGUCCUGACUCAUUUCGUGCAGCGGGAUGUUGGUCUCGUGGUACGCUUGAACUCGGAGCUCUACUGCCCAACAUACUUUACUGCUCUCGGUAUUCAACACAUUGACAUGAUUUUUGAAGACGGCACUUGUCCAACGCUUCCCAUCGUUCGCAAGUUCAUCAAGCUAGCUCACGACAUGAUUGUUAAGAACAAAUCAAUCGCUGUUCAUUGCAAAGCUGGCCUUGGAAGAACAGGCUGCUUAAUUGGAGCGUACCUGAUCUAUCGUCAUGGCUUUACUGCCAACGAGGUCAUUGCAUUCAUGCGAUUCAUGCGACCUGGCAUGGUGGUAGGACCACAGCAGCACUGGCUACACCUCAACCAAGGCAAAUUCCGAGAGUGGUAUCUGGAGGACCAAUGGAAGGUAAAGAUGGAAGUUGCGAAGCCUUCUACACCUCGCACGAUGUCAGCCAAGACACCUAUGCGCAUCGCCAGUGGUGGAAUGCAACAAGCAACGCCUGACCGAUCAAGCGCACGACGGUCUGCCCUGGGCGAAAUCGAUGGUAACGAUGUCGCAAAGGCGGAACCUUAUCAGGAUGAGAAUCUGCCCGCACCGACACCUGGCCAACCAAGAAAAUAUGCUCGUAUGGACUCGAGGAACCAUCCCUACGCGCGAUCUACCUCGGGCGCCGUCCGCGUCAACGGUGCCAAAUCGGAGAGCGAUGGUUCUUUCCGGCACAGUGUGAAUGGAGCGGACAGCGAAGAAGAGCUGAUUCUGCAGAGAGCCGCAUCCCGAAGAAGCCAAAGCAAGAGCCCCAUGGGAAGCAAGGGCAAGUCACGAAGUGUCUCAUACACAACCACCACCACAACGGUGACGAAAUCCUUCGACAUGGGAGACGAGAUGAACAUCUAUGAGGAUGAUGGUGAUGUCAACUUCCAACUUGAAGACACCAAUGCAAUCUGGGACGAGCUUGCUCAGGAACAAGAAAACCUCAAACUCAGCACCGUGAGUGAGAAGGCUUCCCGACCAAAGACGCCCAGAGCGGCUAGUGGUAUGGGUGCCAUGAGCGUCUCAAAGACCCGAUCUUUGAGAGAAUCUCCUCGUCGAAGUGGCGGUGAGGAUAAGACUAAGGUACGCAAGACCAGCGGUCGAGUGGGAAGUGCGAGUCAUGGUCCUGUUGGCGUCAAGCGGUGAUGAAAGUUUGAACUUGCUUUGACUUGACUGUUGAUCUUCGAAUUUCACCCCGCGUCCUCGGUGCUUGAGUAAGUUGUCGAGGGUCUUGUCUGUCCCAGAGGCGAGACGCUCAGCGACGAGGAUAGAUACCACCCUGCAUCUCAAGAAAUGAUAAGACGCCACACUUUUGCGUUGGAAGUACGAGUAUUUUGACGACGACGACGACGACGACGAUGAUGACGACUGACGAUGAUCAUUAAUGGACACGGCUAUCUGGCCGUCGUCACAAGGUCUUUGGAUGCUUCUAAGUCUACUACUUUUCUCUCUGAAAUCGAAUUGUCUCGACAUAAAUCUUGAUCUCUUGUUGAAUGGUGGAAGGAAAAAAAAGUGUGGUUCUCUCUGUGCGUGUCACUUUGAUUGGAACGGAUCCUGUCCUGAGGCUUUAGAGACCGACCAUUGGGGUGGUGAAUGGGGGAGGGUGUCGAUCGCGGCGCUCCGCGUUCAACCCUCCCUUCUUCAACCUUUUUGUUUUUGACGAUGGCAUGGGGCAUGGGCACGGCAGCGGCGUUUUUUUGGUCUUUUGGGGGGAGAGGCGCGGAGGGGAAUGCCUGCAGAGGGUUGUCUUGGUGUGAAACUGCGGACAGUGUGGAAUGUGGAAUCACCUCUUGUUUUUCUACCUACCUACGUACAAUCGCUGAUACAAUACAUGCGAAAAACGCAGGGCGAGACUUCUCGACAAGGUUUCCUUUUCCCCCAAAAGAACUAGAACUAAUUAGGUGCUGAAGAAUCAUUGACAGCC